CCUAUCACGUUUCAGACGAAAACUUGCGGGAUAAAGUGUGUGGAAGGGCCAUCCAUGGAUAGAAACAUGGCAGAGGCAGCAGUUGAAACGCCUGCUGUGCGAUUUUUCUGCCACAAAUGUAACCAGGAAAUUAACCCCGUAUUACCGGAAUACAUUUGCCCCCGGUGUCAGUCGGGUUUCAUUGAAGAAUUGGCGCAGGGUCCCCCGGAUCACUCUAUAGAGGACUCUGAUGACGAUUUAGACCAUGCUGCGCAAUUUAGAGAGCUUUGGAACAGUACGAUAAUGGAUGUGCUGCGGAGACUGGAUCGUGGUCCUGGUGGCAUGGUGGAGGAUAACCUGUCGCCAGAUGCGCCGUCAUCGUCAGCUUCGGACUCCAUGGUGCGGCGGAGAUCACCGGGGCGGGCGGGCCGCAGGCCACAUCCUGAGAGCCAGGGGAGGCAGCCCUUGGAAGGUAUCAUUCACCAGAUUUUUGCCAACCUCACUGGAACUACAGGUUUUAUCUCGAACCAAGGCCUUCCAGUCAGGCUGGUCAACCUCCAUGGCAACCCUGGAGACUAUGCCUGGGGCCGAGGGGGCCUGGAUGCUGUCAUAACACAGCUCCUGAAUCAACUGGAUGGGACAGGGCCACCUCCUUUAGCAAAAGACAAGAUUGAGCAGAUCCCCACUGUCAAGAUUGUCCAGGAGCAAGUUGACAAAUUGCUUCAGUGCACAGUAUGUAUGGAGGAGUUCAAGACUGGUGAACAGGUCAAGCGACUUCCCUGCCAGCAUCACUUUCAUCCAGACUGCAUUGUGCCCUGGCUGGAACUGCACGGUACAUGCCCUAUCUGCCGCAAGCUGCUGAAUGAAGAGGCUGGGUCAGAAUCGGCUUCUGCAGCUGGAAGCAGCACAAGUUCGGGAACAUCACGGGCAGCAGGUGCGGGGCCUUUGCCGCGCUCUCAGAGCGACCGCCAUGAUGCAGCCAUGGCGGCACUGUUGCGCAUGCAUGGGGCACCCAGAAGUGCCCGCUCGUCCCAUCUGCCGCCACCUGCGGCCUCGGCCUCUUCGUCCUCAUCCUCUACCUCCUCGCAGCCGCCGACGAGCAGAGCUCGACGGCAGUCGCCUGCAAACUCGACAACGUCGCGGCGAGGAAGCCACCCGGGCGGCAACCAGUACUCGGUGUAUGACUUCAACGACGAGUGUGACUGAAACUUCUUGGGACGCCAGCAAACACCCCCAUGGAACUCCACAAGAAAAACACUUUUCCCCCUCUCCCAUUGGUGUGUUGCAGCUGGGACUGCAGUGCCGUGGAGAGAGAAGACUAGAUUGAUUGUAAAGAAGAAAAAAGAAAGUGAAGCGUUUUUAGGGAGCAGGAGGUGUCUAAAAAAAAUGGCUGUGGAGGCCCUGCCCUGUGCGUGGCCCAGUGUGCUACCCUUUCUCUUGUUGGACUUUAAAGGGUUGUUGCUGUGUGCAUUUUUUUUUUUUUUUCUCUGUCCCACUUGGCCUUGUAUAGCUCGCAAAAUUUAUCUGGCAGGAAUGGCAUAUUGCCUGUGGUGUGACGAGUGUAGCCGGUGCAGACUUGAGAGAAAGUGGCAGACAGAUGCCUGGAACUGGCUUUCAGUUUAAGCUAAAGCUUUUCCUCAUCUGGUUGCUCUGCCAGCUUGUCAAUGCCGAGUGCUUUCUUGCAUUCUGUGGAGCAGGUGAGUUUCUCUGGUGCAGUGCUAGGAAAAGGUGGUGUGGCUCCCGAGUGUAGGCUCUUGUGACUAGCCUGCAUGUAUACAGCCGGUGUGUGGGAUCUUUGCGCAAAGCAUGGCAGGCCAUUAUUGGCUCUUUGGGUAAGUUUCCACAUAUGGCUGCCUUCUUGGCAGCUGUGCGACCUUAAGUUUGCCUAUGCCACAACCUCUGUCCAGUGAGCCUGACGUAAAUAAAGAAAAAUGGGCGAGUGCCUGUGCUAUGCUGCUGUGGGCUUUGGACGUUUUCUUUCUGGUGCCACCGGCAUUACACAUGUAGCACUCAAACAUUCUGUAAAAAGUUCAGUGAAGCGUUCACAUGAAAUUCUGUGCGGUAGCUGCAGCAAGUCUUGCACAAAUGCAUUAAAGAGACACUAAAGAGAAAUAUUAAAUUGUCGCUUAAAGUAUUCUGUUGGAGCAGUUUGCAUUUGGGCAAAAGCACCCAGGCAUUGCAUUUCAAAUGCAGUGCAGCGAUUCUUGGUGAGCUAUAGGUCCCAACUGAAUGCUGCCAAAUCUAUAGUCGUGGAGAGCAUGUUGUUGGGAAUCCUGCCUUUUUGCUGGCUUACCAAGGCUGUGCUGCUUUUGUGAAAACUGGCGAAUAUGGUACUUCAGAGUUGUAAUGUAGUGAUUUAGCUUAAGCUUUCGUGUUCAUCUGUUGGGCAGUUCCCAACUCGCAAAAAUACAUGUUGACGUCAGUAAACGCCAGACUUGUGGGCACUUGCGUGCAAUGAAUUUUUUGUUGCGGGACCUCUUGGAAACAGUUUCAAAUGUCAAUGAUUAUAAUUUGCAGUGUUUAAGAGGACUGUACCAUUUUAACGGCACAUAUAGAGAAAUUUGUAUGCGCAUUGCCUGGUACGGAGCACCAUUGAUGGUGUUUUCUUCGCGUGCGUUUUACUGAAAGAACUCUGGAAAGUUUAACCAAUCUAAACGUGAUUUUAGUUCUGAGGAUGAAUAUAUUCAGCCUUCAGAUGAUCGGCAAACAACCUUGAAUGAGAGCACUGAACAAUGAGAACCCUAGAGGAGAAUGUCCCUGUAGUAAUUGGUCACUAUGUGAUGCUGGCUGGAGACUGUACACUGUAUGAGAGCCUCGGGAAUAAAGAACAUUUUUGGAA